AUGGAUGGAAGUGGUGAUAUGAAGUUUACAAUAUGUGAGGAUGAAACCACUGCAACAACCGCGAAAAGUCGACAACGCCUAUUAUCUCUUUCUGUUCCACCUUCUCCAUGGUUUGGUCUCGAUAUCGGAGGAACGUUAGCCAAGUUGGUAUAUUUUGAACCACAGGAUGAUGAAUUGUUUGAUGAAACGGAUGAAGAGUUCAUACGUAAUAAAAGAAUACAACGCUAUUUGUUUUCAAAAAAAGCUUAUGCUAAUUCUGGAUUUCGUGAUGAGCAAUUGCAGCUGAAGGAUGUCGAAAUCAAUAGUCGCAUUGGAACUCUACAUUUCAUUCGUUUCCCAACUGAUCGUAUGGUCGAUUUCAUAGGCUUGGUAAAAGAUAAAGGUUUUGCGCGGUUGAUUAGUACAAUUUGCGCUACUGGUGGAGGUGCGGUGAAAUAUGCCGAACAUGCUGAAAAAAUUUUGGGAAUGCAAUUUCAUAAGGCUGAUGAGUUGGAUUCGCUAAUUAAGGGAAUAGAAUUUAUAGCUGCAAAUAAUCCCAAUGAAUGUUAUUACUAUGAAAAUCCAUUAAAUGAUCAAACAUGUAAAAAAGUUAUAUGGCGAUGGUCUAGCGGUCGAUCAUCGACAUCAAAUUUACUUAAUGACGAAAAAAAGGAUGGUCUUCAGUAUCCCUAUAUAGUAUGUAAUAUUGGAAGUGGUGUUUCAGUUCUUACAGUACGUGGUCAUAAUAAUUUUGAACGUAUUACUGGAAGCAGUAUCGGGGGUGGGUUUUUCCAAGGAUUAUGUGCUAUAAUGUGUGGUUGUGAUUCGUUCGAAGAAUCAAUCGAAUUGGCUUCUCACGGUGAUAAUAAAAAUGUCGAUAAACUUGUUAGAGACAUUUAUGGGUCUGAUUACGCACAGGUUGGAUUGUCGGGUGAUGUUGUCGCGGCAAGUUUUGGUAAAAUUGGUUCUUCUAAAAAUCGUGACAAGGUAGCUCGAGCAGAUUUAGCCCGAUCAGCUUUGGUCACUACUGCCAACAAUAUUGGGUCUAUCGCUUUUUACGCAGCAAAAUCGUGUAAUAUUGAUCGAAUUGUUUUUGUAGGUAAUUUUUUACGUGUUAAUCCAAUAGCUGCACGAUUGUUGAGCUACGCAAUGACAUUUUGGUCAAAGGGCACCAAGAAAGCAAUUUUUCUUAUGCAUGAAGUUCGCUUUCAUUUUGUUAACUCUGUUCUCCAAGCAUUGGGUUACCUUGGCGCUGUGGGCUGUUUACAUAAAUUAGUUGACGUGACCAAUAUGAGAAGGCAAGUACGGGCAAUGAAUGGAGAUUUGACUCUAAAAGAUUCUUUAUAA